CGCAGACGAUACGGUUAGCACUGCUCGUCGUCAUCACCUUCAUCAUCACCUGACAGCAUACACACAGCUACCAAGAUGCCGUCGCCAGCAAGAUCACUGCCUGCUCUCGUCAAUCACGCAGCCGCAUCGUCCUCUUCCUCAUCGUCCAGGACAAUCGCCAGGGCCACGACGGUAGCAGUGCAGCAACAGAGAAGCUUCUCCUCCUCCCACUCUAGCGCAGCUCCUCGCCGCGUGGACGGCUCCACCCCCAAGCCCACCCUGACACAACGCAUGCUCGACGCCGGUCGCAAAGCCCUCUUCGGUGGUCGUCGUGAGCGCGAGGAGCUAGCCCGCGAAGGUGGUCUCACCCCCGAAUCGUACCGUCGUCUAGAAGAAGAUCGUCGUCGUGCUUCUGCCCUCGCCUCUGUUGAUGCUUCUGGAGAUUCACUACUGGGAGAGGAGAGUGAGCGGACCGAGGUGGAUCUCAAGAUGCAGCGAUUGAUGCAGCGAGUCAAGGAUAAGCAGGAGAAGCGUCUCGCUCGUAAGCGCUGGGGAGGUUCUGGGGCAAAGGAACUCGAACACAAGUAUUCCACUGCCGACUUUCGUAUUAGUCCACGCAAGUUGCAAGACUUGGCGGAUCAAAUUGGAGGCAAACCGAUUGAUUAUGCGAUUUUGCAGAUGCAAUUCUCCCAAAAGGACGCUAGUUCGAGGAUUCUAUCUACGCUGGCUUUGGCGAGGGAUCAUGCGAUUGCAAAGGGAAUGGAGAGGAGCAGAAUCGUUGUCAGUGAGGCUUGGGUGGGUAAGGGCACUGUGCUACCCCGUAUUGAGUGGAAGGGAAGGAUGAGGACCGGAGUCAGACAUCACCGCUUCAGUCGACUUUCGGUGGUGCUUCGUCAAGGAAAGACGGAGGAGCAAGUCAAGAAGGAGAAGAUUGAAAAGGCACAGAGAAUUGUGAGGAGUAUUGGGCAUGGAGGCGUGGCUAGAUUGCACAGGCCAGAAAGUGUGUCGAGGGGACCAUGGGCUUAUUGAGCCUGCGAAUCGUUGCAAGCAAGCAAUGAACGCAAUAUAUUGACAUGUCACUCGAAAACAGCUAUACAUGGAUACACCGAGCAGAGGUCAUAUGGACGCUAUAUGAACAAAGAUGGAGCGGUAUAUACGAGGUGUCACAGCACCUCCAGUAUCUGGUCGCAGAUGCCACUCUCAACCAGGCCUCGUCUCUCUCACCCUUCCCCUCACGCUUCGAUGGCCACAACGUCCGUUGCAGCAGUCACGGCUGCUCCCUCACCCUUAG